AUCUGGACACCACAGGUCAUUUUCUCGCGCUUCACGUACGCAAGCUGUUCAAUUUCACCACUAGAAGAUCAUCUGAAAUAUAUCAUGACCUUACCAAUCGUCACUACACUCAAUCGCUCUGACGGUCCUCCCGAUGCACCGACUUUGUCAGCACUCUCUGUUGUCCCACUACCACCAGUCAAUCCAACAGCAUAUUUACUGCAGACGGCAGGCCAGAUUGGCAAACCACCACCAACGACACCAUCAACUCCUUUUCCUACGUCUUUCCAUGAGCAAGCAGCGAAUGCAUUUGCAAAUGUUGGGGCUUGCCUCGGACUGAAAGGUGCUACGCCCAGAGACAUCACCAAGAUCACCAUCUACGUGGUCAAUCUCAAUGCGUCACAUCGCGAACCUUUGAUAGACGUCAUCCGGAACUUCUUCCGGAUUGAGGGUCAGGAGUCGCAUAAGCCUCCCAGUUCGCUGAUAGGGGUGGCUGGGCUUGCAUCGCCGGACUUUAUGAUUGAGGUGGAAGCUACCGCUGUUGUUGCUGCCUGAGCGCGUGGACUGAUGUCCAAGUCAUUCCAGAUCGAGUCUGUGGUCAGAUAUGUUUAUACUUAGCAAAGCCGGCUUGACCGCAACUCUUUAUCUG